AUAUAUAUAAACGUAUUUAAAUGUCAUUAAAUGGCUGUGAUUAUUUUUAAUAUAUAAAUAUAAACAUUUAAAUAUUAUUAUUUUUUUUUAAUUUUAAUGUGUUACUUUAAUAUUGUAUUUUAUCUCGACAAAAUUACGGCUAAGUGAAUAAUUGGAGUGACCAGAAAUAUGAUGUAAUUUGAGAAUUAUAACCAGUGGUACGUUUAUAAGUUGCUAACCCAGUAUGCUAAAAAUAUAACAACGCUAGUAUAUAGUUUGUGAAAUAUUUUUUCUUCUUUUAGUGUUGCAUAUGUACAUAUAUAAUUUAUUUGUGAAUGUUUCGUUUUACUUUAAACACAUCAACAGUAUUUAAAUGGAAAUAUUUAUGUGAGUUAAUUAAAAUAAAGUUAAACAAGUUUAUUUUCAUAUAUAUAAAAAUUGUGAUCAAGUGAAAUAAAUAAAAGGGUGUUACGUGGUUCAUACUGGGCCCAAAUGAAGUGAUGAUAAGCUAUAGUGUGACAAGAACAAGUGGUGGUAUGGGUUCAACCUCAGUUGGUGAUGUUUUGUGUUCAACGGGUGAUUAUACCUCCCAGGGUACACCAAACUCAGUGAGUGGUCAUGCUGUUGGAUCAGUUGAUCCAAUAUACAGUAGAACUGGGCAUACAAAUUAUAGCCCACAGCAUAGUCCAACGAGUUCAGCUGAAGGAAGUAGCAAUAAUAAUGGACAAUUGCCUAGUUUUGGUUUUACUCAAGAACAAGUUGCAUGUGUCUGUGAGGUACUUCAACAAGCUGGUUCAGUUGAACGUCUGGGAAGAUUUCUAUGGUCUUUACCUCAAUGUGCAAGGCUACAACGACAUGAAAGUGUACUGAAGGCAAAAGCAAUUGUCGCAUUUCAUCGAUGUAACUUCAAGCAGCUAUAUCAAAUAUUGGAAAGCAAUACAUUCAGUCCACAUAAUCAUCCAAAAUUACAAGCACUUUGGUUAAAAGCACACUAUAUUGAGGCUGAAAGACUACGAGGUCGAGCACUUGGUGCAGUUGGAAAAUAUCGAGUCCGUCGCAAAUUUCCAUUACCUCGUACGAUAUGGGACGGUGAAGAGACUUCUUAUUGCUUCAAAGAAAAAUCAAGAAGUGUAUUGCGUGAAUGGUAUACAUCAAAUCCUUAUCCAUCACCACGAGAAAAACGAGAACUUGCUGAAAGUACAGGCUUGACAACAACUCAAGUUAGCAACUGGUUCAAAAACAGAAGACAACGUGAUAGAGCUGCUGAGCAAAGUGGUCAUCGAGAUGACAAAAAUCAUGGAGUUGGCCUUGGAGAUUCAAGUAGUGAAAGUGGAGAUGAUAUAAAACAAAAAUCAACUCAUCAACAAUCACAAUCAUGUGAUACUCAACAACAAACACAAUCACAAAGUCAACAACAAUUACGUAUGGUUGAUCAUCAACAUUCACCAAGUAUAUAUCAUUUAUCUGGUCCAGUAGUUGUACCAUCACCACAAACACAUGAUACAAAUUAUACAAGUGUUAAUUUAAGUCAUUCUUCUCAUACACCAACUCAUCAUAUACAACAUCGUGAUACUAGUAGUGAAAGUGGUGAUGAUAAAAAAAAUUUUCAUCAUCAUUUACAUCAUCAUUUUCAAGGAUCAACUCAUAGUGGACAUAGUACAAGUAUGCCAACAAGUGAAACAAAUCCUAUAUCACCAAGUUGUGCACAACAAAAAAGUCAACUUGAUUAUAUUCAGUACUAUGGUGCACAGGAUUACUUAAUUGGCACUCCAACAUCAGCUGAUGUACCAAAAUCAUCAAGUCAUACAUCAACAUCUUCGCAUUUAGGUGCAUUAACAUCAACUGCUAGUGGUCUUAGUCCAAUAAGUUCAUCAUCACUUUUAUCAAAUUCCAUGCAAAGUACCAAUAGUAUGAAUACAGUUACUUUAAAUGUCGGAAUGGGAAUAAGUCCAUAUCAAGGACUAAGCUCAAUGGGUAUGACUUCAUCACAUACUGCUUAUCAUAGUAGUUUGGUACUUGGUGAUUAUCAUCCUUUGUGAUACUGGAAAAAUUUUGAUAAUAACUAGGAAAAAUUAUAGUCCAAAAAAGACUUUAAAUAAAGCAAAUUUUUAAUUAUGUCUUCAUCAUUAUUAUACAACAACAAAUGAAAUAAAAAAUGCCAAUAAUUUUAAUACUUAUAUCACUUAUAACAACACUGAACUGAUAUUCUGUUUCAUAUAAUUAUUAGUAAUUUAUCAUUUGAAUUAAAUAAAUUUUUAAAUAUUUCUUUAAUCUAUUUUUCAUGUGUCUCAUGUUGCAAUUGAUAUAAUAAAUAUUUAAAAUACAAAUUUGUUUAUUUCGAAAAUACAGAGAUAUUAUUUGUAACGCAGUUUUAAAAUUAAAAACGAAAGAGUAUAUAACUAAUUUUUUAUUGUAAAUAAAUUUUUAAAAAAAUUAAAUUGAUGUACUAUUUAAUUGCAACAUUCAUUCGCCAAUUUAUUAUUAUUUUUAAAAUGAAACAGAAUUAUUCAGUGUCUAUAGCUAAGUAAUUUUAUCAUCGAAUUUUAUUCUCAAUUAAUUUGUAACGCACAAAAAUUGUUAAAUCAAAAUUAAUGCAAUAUUAUUAUUUAAAAAAAAAAAUAUAAUUUUCAAAUGUUGAUGUUUAUUAGUCUACUGGAAAUAUAUUCAUCUUGAAAAUAUGGCUUUAAAUUCAAUAAUAAUAUUACAAAAAUAAAUAGUUUUUUUUUUUUCAGUGAAAAUUAAAUUUCACACUUGAGCAAUAAUGAAAAUUUGCUGAAAUUUUUAACAAAUAUUAUUGUAAGCUUUAAUAAAUGAUGGAUAUUUUUUUUUGUAUAGUUUAAUUUUAAAAUAUUAAAAAUGUUUGAACUGAUUGAAAAAUUUGUGAAUUGAGUUCAUAAAAUAUUCAAAUUACUUAAAAAUAUUUUAAGUCUAUAUAUAUAUACGUAAUCAUAAUAAGAAAAAAAAAAAUAAAUAAAUCUAUUCUUGUAAAUUUAUGUACAUUAAAGUGAUUAAUUUUCCAUCAA